UCCAACCUUUACUACAUAAAUCAAGAGAAGAAGAACAGUAACAACAAAUAAUUAGAUACACCCAAAAAGUCCCUUUGCUCCGGGGGACUUGUGUUUCCCCCUGAUAAAUUAAACAUUUCGUUUUUGAUAAGAAAAAAAGAAAAUGAACGACCUUAUUUCAAGUUCAUUCAGGCAACAGGGUCCUAUAGACCUGGAGGCUGGAGUUGAGACUGGGAAAGAGACAACGAAUCUUGAUAAGUUCUUUGAAGAUGUGGAGAAUGUCAAAGAUGACAUGAAAAUCAUAGAGAAGAUUUAUAAGAGAUUACAGGAAUCUCAUGAAGAAAGCAAAACUGCCCAUAAUGCAAAAACCAUUAAAGAGGUUCGAGCUCGAAUGGAUUCAGAUGUCGCGCAAGUUUUGAAACGGGUGAAAGUGAUUAAGGGUAAUCUUGAGGCUCUUGAAAAAUCCAAUGCAGCUCAAAGAAAGCUUCCAGGGUGUGGUCCAGGCUCAUCCGUGGAUAGAACCAGGACUUCUGUUGUUGCUGGUUUAGGGAAGAAGCUUAAAGAUAUGAUGGAUGAUUUUCAAGAAUUAAGAGCCAAAAUGACAUCUGAAUACAAGGAAACAAUUGAGAGAAGGUAUUUUACCAUAACUGGAGAGAAACCAGAUGAAGAAAUGAUUGAAAACCUGAUAUCAAGUGGUGAAAGUGAAAAUUUCCUUCAAAAGGCAAUUCAAGAACAGGGUCGUGGGCAAAUUCUGGACACCAUUUCAGAGAUUCAAGAGAGGCAUGAUGCUGUGAAGGAGAUUGAAAAGAAUCUGAUUGAACUUCACCAGGUUUUUCUCGACAUGUUUGCUCUGGUAGAGGCACAGGGGCACCAACUGAAUGACAUUGAGAGCCAUGUGGCUCAUGCGAAUUCGUUUGUAAGGAAAGGAACCGACCAGCUGGAGAUAGCUAGGGAGACCCAGAAGAGCAACAGGAAAUGGACUUGCAUAGCUAUAAUGCUAGCAAUUGCUCUCAUUAUUGUUCUUCUUUUUCCAAUUUUAUUCCAGGUUUUACUUCACCAGGCGGCGAAGUAGAGUAUUACAAUGUCCCUUUGGCCAUUGUUUGUUUUCAAGUACUAAAACAGUUUCCUGUUCAUUGAUUCUUUGGGCAAUGUUGUUUCCUAGAGAAUUUUUUCUUUUCUUUUUUUUUUCAGAAAUU